AUGGGUGGAUUUAACUGGAGGAAGUAUAUUCCACAUGAAAGGGUGGUGUAUGAGAAAUAUGAAGCUGAAUAUGUAUCUUCAUCUAGCGAUGAUGUGUCUGAGGUAGAUGGACAGGUUCUAGGACAGAAACAGACGGUUGAGGAAUAUACCAAGCCAGUUUCUGUAGUCACUAGUAUGGGAGAAUUGAGAUCAGACAUUCCAUAUGAAUUAAGAGAUGAAGCUGGACGUAAAUGGUGGAAAUUCUUCGAUGAGUUCGAAUACAGAGCGAACAAAGAGUAUAAGAAGUCUAGAAAUUGGUAUUCUUUUCUCUACCCCAAUCAUACCACGCAUUCCAAAGCUGAAAGAACGUUACUUUACAAAUUGGAUUUGGUUAUCGGUGUCUACUUCUUGAUGCUUUGUUGGAGUAAGUCUUUGGACACUAAUAACCUAACCAAUGCAUAUGUCUCUGGUAUGAAGGAAGAUUUGCAUAUGAAGGGAAAUGAUUAUAUCAACACUUCCGUUAUCGGAACUGUUGGUGCUAUUGUGUUUCAGCUACCCUUCAUGUACAUUUUGCCCAGGUACCCUGCUCAUAUAGUGUUGCCGGUGAUGGAUAUGGGUUGGACUUGGUUCACCUUCGCCUGUUACAGAGCUAAAAGUUUGGCCGAACUAAGAGCAUACCGUUUCAUCUUGAAUGCCUUUGGUUCAGCCUACUACCCCGUUUCACAGUAUAUCUUAGGGUGUUGGUACGCACCUGAUGAAAUCUCGUCCAGAGUGUGUUUAUUCUUCUGUGGACAAUUGUUGGGUGGUGUCACUUCAGGUCUACUCCAAGCUAGAAUCUAUAAGGGAUUGGAUGGUACUUUCGGUAUUGCAGGCUGGAGGUGGAUGUUCUUGAUUGACGCUGUUGCUAUCUCGUUGCCUACUGUUAUUAUUGGCUUUUUCGUGAUUCCAGGUAUUCCUUCGAAAUGUUAUUCAUUAUUCUUAACUGAUGAGGAGAUUAGAAUCGCCAGGAGGAGAAAUAUUAGAAACCAAAUCAUUGACGGUGUUGAAAAAUCUAAGCUUCCUUCUUUACUAUCCUUCAAGCUAUGGAAGAAGGUUUUUACUUCACCAAACUUCUGGGUUCUAAUUGUAUUUGAUAUGUGUUCUUGGAAUUGUAUGACAGCAUUUAGUGGUUCUUAUACAUUGUGGCUAAAAUCCAUCCCAUCAUAUUCUAUUGUGCAAGUUAAUAACCUUUCCGUUUUGCCUGCAUGUCUCGGUUUCGCUUAUGUCUUCUUCUGUGCGUUUGGUGCGGACAUAUUCCGUUGUAAAUGGAUAUUUAUGGUUUUUGCUGCGUCCAUGAAUAUUAUAUCAUGUGCUAUUUUAAUCAAAUGGGACGUUUCAUCUUCUGCUAAAUGGUUUGCAUUCUUGAUGACAUAUUGGUCUGUGGCUUCUUCUCCAUGCCUAUGGUCUUUCAUCAAUGAUUUCUUAAGAUUCGACCCUCAAAUGAAAGCUAUUAUAUGGAUCGCGAUUUACGCAUUCUCACAAUCAACAUAUGCAUGGAUUCCAACUCUUGCUUGGCAAACUGUGGAGGCGCCAAAGUUCAAGACUGGUUACAUUGUAUCCAUCAUAUUUGGUACCAUCUACGGGUUAUGGACCUUCGUGGUUUUAUUCUUCUACAAGAGGCAAGAACGUAAACAUGCAUUUGGUAAUGGUAUUAUCUUGUUUAACUCCAGCAAGCAGGAACCAAUUCCAUCUUUUGUUGAAGAAGAUCUAGUAAAAAGGGGCGAGUACUAUUAUUUGAAGACGGAGCCUACUAAUACUGACAUGUACCCUGAGGGUAACAAGACAACCACCUCGACGGAAGAGACUUUUUCAUCUUAA